AUGGCUACCAAAAACAUGGAGGCAGCUGCCACGACAAUGGACAUCUACCGAAAAGCGCUGAAUUUCAACGUUAUUGGCCGGUAUGAUCCCAAGAUAAAACAGUUGCUAUUCCACACACCGCAUGCCUCAGUCUAUAAGUGGGAUUUUGCAAAUGACGAGUGGACCAAAUUAGAGUAUCAAGGCGUUCUGGCAAUAUAUCUUAGAGAUGUUCACGAUGAGCAGGACGUCCUCCCCGCACAGGAUGGCAGUGAACAGAAUAAUACAGCGAACAAUGCCACAGAUUCGGCAAACUGCGGUGCAGUCUUAACUGGCCGUGACAUAUACAACUACGGGCUUAUUAUUCUGAACAGAAUGAACCCGGAUAAUUUCUCGAUGGGUAUUGUGCCCAACAGCGUCAUCAAUAAGAGAAAGGUUUUCAAUGCUUCUGAAGAUGCUGAAAAUCCUUUGGAAUGUAUGGGAGUCGAAGUUAAGGAUGAUCUAGUAAUAAUUAAGAAUCUUAAACAUGAAGUAUAUGGCAUUUGGAUUCAUACGGUUGCAGACAGACAAAAUAUUUAUGAACUAAUCAAAUAUUUAUUAGAGAAUGACCCCAAAGACACUUUCGCAUGA